GGCGCACGCGCCCCGGCUGACCCGGAAGUGGCUGUGUAGCAGCAGCAGAGGCGGCGGCGGCGGGAGCGGGGCAGCGGGACCGCGCUCAUGUCGGGCUUCGACACGAACCCGUUCGCCGACCCGGUGGACAUCAACCCCUUCCAGGACCCCUCAGUGACCCAGCUCACAAACACCAGCCAAAGUGGCUUGGAUGAAUUCAACCCCUUUUCUGAGAGCUCCCAGCUGACCAAUGCAGCCCGGACAACACCGGCCACGCAGCCCUCGGGCCACUCGCAGCCUGCGGUUCUGCAGACGUCCGUGGAGCCCACUCCGCAGGCCGUGGCGGCAGCAGCACAGGCUGGGCUCCUCCAGCAGCAGGCAGAAUUAGAGAGGAAGGCAGCUGAGCUGGAGAAGAAGGAAAGGGAAUUGCAGAGUCACGCAGCCAGCAUUGAUCCGAGGCAGAACAACUGGCCACCUCUUCCCAAGAAGUGUCCCAUCAAGCCGUGCUUUUACCAGGAUUUUUCUGCAGACAUCCCUGCUGACUACCAGCGGAUAUGCAAGAUGCUCUAUUACUUGUGGAUGUUGCAUUCGAUAACUCUGCUUCUCAACCUGCUCGCUUGCCUGGCGUGGUUCACAGUACAGACGGACAGAGGAGUAGACUUCGGUCUCUCCAUCCUGUGGUUUAUUAUAUUCACCCCUUGUGCCUUUCUCUGUUGGUACCGACCGAUUUACAAGGCUUUCAGGUCUGACAGCUCCUUCAGCUUCUUCGUCUUCUUUUUCGUCUUCUUCUGCCAAAUAGCAAUCUACGUCAUCCAGGCUGUCGGCAUUCCAGGCUGGGGAGACAGUGGGUGGAUCGCGGCGCUGUCGGAGCUGCACGGGAACCUGGCCGUGGCCAUCAUCAUGAUGGUGGUGGCAGGAUUCUUCACUCUCUGCGCGGCUCUCUCCCUCUUCCUCCUCAAGCAGGUGCACUCCCUGUACCGACGCACGGGAGCCAGCUUCCAAAGGGCGCAGGAAGAGUUCUCCCAGGGCAUCCUCACCAACAGGAGCUUCCAGACGGCCGCUGCUGGGGCAGCCUCCUCAGCAGCACACAGCGCGUUCCAAGGAAACUAGCCCUUCCCUUGGCUCCCGCUGCCCUCCUCACCCCAACCUCCACUUCUGUUUGGGAAACAUGCACUUUUUGGGGGUACCACGUUGUGACGCCGACUCCAGGGGGGAGGAGGCCUGGGUUUUAGCUGCAACCAGCCUGCGUUUGAGGGUGAUCGGUUUUCCCUGUCUUGUUUUAGGGUGCGGGGAGAUAGGGGAGACAUUCUCUGAAGCAAAUAUAUUUCUCUACCCAGGA